AUGUCGUCACGCGGGGUUCCCGAGGUUCUCAUGAAGAAGGUCGACGAGUACGUCGACUCGCUCGCUCCACAGAUCGAACCCCGCAUCACGGCCGAGCUCGAGACAUUCCAACAAAAGACCAUCGACAGCCUCGAGACACAAGUCGUCGACGCCUUUCGUUCCCUCUUCAACACGGACAAGAACAGCUCCGGUGACGCUUCGAGGGGAUUCAGCCUCAACAACUCUGCGCCCGAUGCCUACGGCGGCCAGUCGCUGCCCUUUGCCGAUGAGAUUGCCAGCCUGACGCGCGGGUUUAGCAAGAUUACGGAUGAGGCGAGCGAUGAUCUCCGCGACAUUUUUAACCUUACCGAAGGCGGCGGCGGCGGCGGUGACACCCGUUCGCGUGGUGGCCCCGGCGGCAACAGCUCCUCGUCUGGCGCCAGGGGCUUCCUCUCCGCAGCCUUUGACAUAGUCCAAGAUCAGCUCGACAACAACAACAAAGGCUCCUCCGGUGGCCAGGGGUUCAAGCUCGACGGCCUCCUCGGCGUCCUCAGUGACACAGUCAAGGACGCCUCGCGCAACCCGGAAGAGAAGGCCCGCCUCAUCAGCCCCGAGAUCAAGGAGAAGGUCGGCCUCAAGCUGCGGGAGCAGCACGCGCCCAUCGCCGCCCAGUUUACGCGCCUCGCGCUCGAGCACAUCAAGACCUGGCUGCGCGGCAACACGAGCACGCGCGACCUCGGCGACGGCGUCAAGGGCGAGAUUGAAGACCAGGUCAAGGAUCUCGUCAAGGGCCUUGGUGGCCUGUUUGGCAGCAAGAAGCCGUCCAAUGAAGGCAGCGGUGGCGGCGCCGCGCGGGGUUUCGGCGACCAGACGCGCGACACCGGCGACGGCGACGGGUCCGGCAGCGGCUUCUCCAGGGUCAUCAGCGACAAGCUGAGCACCGGCCUCGCCAAGGUGCACCGCAACGUCCGUCUCGAGUUCCGCAAGAUUCUCGGCGCCAUCGAGAAACAGCUGUUCGAGCUGCUGCCCGACGCCUUCCAGCGCCCACUCGAGAAGAUUCUCGGCGGCAACCCCUUUGAUGCGCAGCUCGACCGUGACGCCGGCGGCGGCCAGCAGCGGGACCGUGGCUUCGGCGACGACAUCAAGACGAAGCUGCUCGACAAGAUCCGCGGGCUUGUGCGCAAGGUCCAGGAGACGCUGCGCGAGAGCAUCCUCGGCGUCGUCAACGGUGGCCACCGCAAGUUUGAGAAGGAGAGCUGGGUCUUUGUGCAGCAAAUGGUCGAGCAAAAGGUGCAGAAGUAUCUGCCCAAGGUCAAGAUUUCCGUGCCGGACGAUAUUGGCGACGAGGGCGUCAGCGUCGGUGCUCCGGCGUCGGGGACCCAGCACGUCGGCGGUGUUCAGCCCGGCCAGUCUGCGGCGGGUGGCUAUGUGCCGCCGCCGCCGCCGGUGCAGAGCCACGACGGUGCAGGGCAGACGCAUGGCCAGCAGGGGUACAGCCCGCCAUCGCAGCACAACCCGCCGUCGCAGUACAACCCGCCGUCGCAGUACAACCCGCCGUCGCAGUACCAGCCGGGAAACUCUGCACCGAGCGGGUAUGCUGAGCUUGACGGAGGAAGCCAACCCCACAGCCAGUCAAGUUACAAGCCCCCUUCGCCAUAUCAGUCUGGCAACUCUGGCCAAGGAGGCUACGCCCCACCGCCGCAGGAAUUGGACGGCGGAGGAUCGACGUACGGCCAGCAGGGGCACAACUCCGCCUCGCCGUACCGGCCGCCGCAGGAUGACCGGCCCGGCCAACACCAGGACCAAGGCUACCGGCCGCCUCAGCAGCAGCACGAUUACCGACCACAGCAGGAUCAGGAAUACCGCCCACAGCAACAGUACCAGGCGUAUCGACCGCAGGAGCAGUCUCACGGCGAGAAUCGCCCCAACGACUACCCGCCCCCACCCUCGCAGUAUCAGUCUGGUCAGUCUCAGGGCUACCAUGGUGGCCAGAACUACCAGCAGAACCAAGACUACCGCCAAGACCAGGGGGGUCGUCAGGAGCAGGGUUACAGGCGCGAGGAUGACUAUCGACGAAAUGAUGACUACAGGCGGGACGACGGCCGUCCGCAGGGCCAGGGGUAUCAGCAAGACGGACGGUAUGACCAGAAUCCUCGGUAUUGA